AGGCCACAUACAGUCGACGGGAUAUACCAAAAUGGCAGUGUACUGAAUUUUGUACCAGGGACGUUGAAACCCGAGAAAGAAAUUAUUAUCAGGAGUUAUACUCUAACAACGAGUCGGAAAAUAGUCUAGAGUUGAUAAUAAUUUCAUAUACGUCUUUUUAGAUCCUGAAGUCAGUCGAUUAAUUGAACUACAUUUUAUUUUCUCUUCACCUUCGUUUUAGCGAGAAGAAAAAAUAAAAUAAGUCAACAUGCCUGUUAUACCGGGAGGAGCGUAUCAACAAGGGGGUCCCUCAUGUUGGGAUAGAAUGAAAAUGGGAUUUGGGAUUGGAUUUUGCGUCGGCAUGGCGUCUGGCGCACUUUUCGGUGGUUUUUCAGCUCUUAGGUAUGGAAUGAGGGGUAGAGAGCUGAUUAACAACGUUGGUAAAGUGAUGAUCCAGGGUGGCGGAACGUUUGGUACAUUCAUGGCAAUUGGAACGGGAAUAAGAUGCUAGUAAAACAAAAGCAAAAGACUAACAACGAACACGAGCAUAAAGUAAAUGUU